AUGGAUGGGGAAGAGCUGAUCGCCUCGGUCUUGCACAAGAUCGAGCGAGAGAAGGCCCUCAUUACCGCUGCCAGUAACAUGCGGCAAUCGACCGACAAUCCUCUUGUACAACAAAGAGUCGACGCCAACAUUCGUGAUGGCCGCAAGAAUAUCGCCUAUCUGGAGGAGAAGAUGAGAGAAUUAGAAAUCCGUCAAAGGAACCAAGGCGCUGGCUCACCCGGCCAGCGUGGAGGCCCCGCCCCUCCCCCAAAAGACCACACCGGAUAUGGUGGUGAGCAAGGUGAAUUUGGGGAUCAUUAUCCUCAGGGUGGUUCUGGCUCCAUGCCUUCUGGUGCCCCAUUCCCUGACCCCCGACCUUACGCCCCGAUCCCGAAGUCCAGGCCCAAUUACACGAAGUUAGGUGCGUUCCCAAUAUAG